AUGUCUUCACUACCGAAAGUCGAAGAGGCCCCGCCCCAGCAACAACCCGCGCCAACCACCGCGACAUUGGAACAACCUCAGACUUUCUUUGAUGUUUCACAGACACCGUCUGCUAUCGCUAACACACGAACACUCGCAUGCCUCCCUUCAACUGAAAUAUCUAAAAGCGCACACCCCAAUGAUGCCGCCAAAAUAAUGGACCAUCCUUUACCUUCUAGCCCUCUUAUCGCGAAGAAAAUUCCAAGCAAAGAAGACUCGGGAGAGAUGCAAGCGGAGCCAUAUACACAAAGCCCCGGUGGAGUCGGGCUUUUUGGUAAGGUUAGAUUUUGGUGA